AUGCGUCUAACUAUCGUCUUUGUGUUGAUCGCGGCAACCUUCCUCGCGGCCAGUGAUGCUACCGUGGUUGACCAACUCUUUUUGAGGACCAACCACGUCUACCGUACGACUACUGCUGCGGAUGUCGAAGAGAGAACUAUCCCUGACGAUGCCUUGAUGGCGUUGGUUAGCCGUUUUAACCUGGACUGGAAAGCAUUCAAG